AUGUCGGAACCAGACUUGCUGCACCAUUAUAAGGUGCUCAAACAGUUUCUUGAUAUUCUGGAUGAUCUGGGCUCCAGGACAAAGUCCAACUCGUCGCGUGCCAUGAGGGCCAGGGAGAAGCUUCUCAAGUUGCUGGGCGCCCAGUUCCGUGAAUUGAGUACUGACGUUUAUGACGAGUUGAAGCGUCGUAUUGAUGAGAGUCAGGCCGAACCAGACUUCUUGCUUCCCAAACUGACAUUUCAUCCUAAGAGAAACCAGGCUAGACAGAAACUCUCUCUGUUGCCGCAGACGAGGUUUAAGGAUUUGGUGCUGGAUAUUAGUUACGAGAUUUCCAGACGUAAUUUACACGUUCCUGCUGCCCCUGCUGCUCCCGAGUCUCCCGUUCGUACCCACCAGAAGACCCCUUCACAUGCCUACUCCCAGGCGCUGCCUGAAACGUAUAGGACCCAACCGGCCAACGACGAGGUCGACUUGAACCGCAUUGACGAUGCGGAAAUCUCCCAUUCUACCGUUGAAGAUGUCCCCGAGGCUAACUCCACCUCUUAUAAUGCUGACCCACAAACGCUGCAGCUUUCACAGGAAGAAACUUCCAAGCAGAACAUUACCGUGCAGCCUACUACCGUGAUACCCACCAAAGCCAACUUGACGUGGUCUAGUGAUGAAGAGGAGGAGGAAGAUGAUAAGCCAGUCAAUAGAGGCGUCAAUACCGGCGGUCAUUCAGCCAGUAAUUCAGCCAGUAAUACCGGUGCCGGUACCGGCGCUUUGGCUGGUGUUGGUGCUGCUGGUGCAAUGGCAGGUGCUACCGCCAGAGGUCUAAUUCCUAAUGGUGGUUCUUCUAAUAAGGAAAUUGAAGACCUCAAACAGGCUCUUCAAGCAGCUGAGGAACGUGCUAAUGAACUUGAGAAGACUAAUGAAGAUCUCAAGUCUAACCUAGCGGCUACCCUCUCGCAGAAGGAUUCACUCGAAGCCGAAAACAAGCAGUUCCUUUCAAGAUCUGCCGAUGUGGCUGAUCCAAAGGAGCUCUCAUCCCUCCGAGAGGAGCUUGAGAGCUUGAAAUCUUCAAGUGCAGCAUUGAGAUUGGAGAACCAGGCAUUGAAAAACAAGCAUUGGAAGGAUUCUAGACACCAGUCUCGCGAUCUCGCAAGUCUUUCAAGAGAAGAUUCGCUGUCUGGUCAGCUUACAUCGCUGCCAGGCCAUCUGGGUUCUCGCCCACACUCUGGCUCUUUGAACCAUGCCUUGGAACUCGCAUCUAGAGGCUCUCCUAACCAGUCUCCAUCGAAGAGCAUCAGUUCUGUUCGCUCUGGAGUUGACGUGAAUGACGAAUUGAAGAAGCUUCAUGAAAAGAUGGCUGCUUUGGAUGGUCCUCAGAAUGUGCCAUCUGCUUCUAGAAGAGAGCUGCUUUUGAAAUCUGAAGCUUCCAAAUGGCAGCAGAGAUACCAGGAUGCCCAAGCUGGUAUAAUCAAGAAGAACAUACUGUCUUCCACACCUCCAUUGCAAAAGCUUGUGUCGCCUAGUGGCUUAAUACCGUCUAAGACCGCGUCUCAAUUCUUUGCAGCCAUUGAAGCUUUUAUCAUCAGUCUUUAUGAUGACGAAGCCGACCAAGAUAUCCUAUUUGACAAAAUCCUGAAUGUCGCUUGUCUAGCGAACAAGCUUGCCUCUGUCGGUGACAAGAGUGCCCUUUAUGAAAACGACCACCUCGCAGUCAAUGUCAGAGAGGCUGCUGGUCACUCGUUAACUGCUACAAGGUACUACGGCUCAAACAAAAAGAUGCUUCCAAGAGUCGUUGUCGAAAAGUCAGUCGACGAGCUUGCAUUCACUGUGUGUGAUCUUGUAUCCACGUGUAAAUUAAAUGACGGUACUGCCCCUGUUGAAGAGCAGUCCCAAUCUAUUCCAGCCCCAACUCAAGAUAGCAAUGAUGCCAUACGACCCCUCAGAAUUGGAAAGUCGACCAACCUUAGUCCUCCAGACAAGGAUGAGGGCGACCUUCAAUCAUCCAACUCUCGUGGUAUGAGCCCAAUGGAGGACUACUCCACUCCAAGACUGCGUACUCUUUCCACCGAGGCUCUACAACGUCAAGAGAAUGCACCUGUCGACAGUCCUAGCCCGGCCAAGGUACUUCCAGGAUCGAUGCCAUUGAACGAUGCUGCCCAGGAGAAGCCACUCAGAGAAGAGCCAGCCAAGAAGGAGGAACCAGCGAAGAAGGAAGAACCAGUCAAGAAAUUGACGAUGUUUGAAAGACUCUCGGGAACGAAGAAGAAGCCAGAGAGCACGCCAGCAUCCCCUGAAAAGGCUCCAGAACCUGAGAAGACAAAUGAAACGACUUCCAAGGUCGCUGCAGGCGCUUUGGGUGCUUCUGCUAUGGGUGCUGUUGCUGCUGCCACUGCUGCAACCACUUCAGAUCUGCAAGACCAAGAGAACAAGGACCGCUCUUUGACUGAGUCGAACUUCAAUGCCAAAACAGAACCCGAGCCUAAGACUAAGGCUCCAGAACUGACUGAAGAAAGCAAGAGCCCUUCGCAAAACAAAGAGAACUUGGCUCCUUCUACUCCUCAUUCUGCCUCCAGAACCAACAUUUUGGAUAAGGUGAGACAAUUCGAGAGUCCUGAAGAGUCACCAUCGAACAGGCUUAUUUCGAAGACGAAAUCACCUUCUCUGGUGUCUGUUAAGAACACGAAGGAAUUGUUCUCAAAGGAUGGUGCUGAAACUAGCAGCCCUAGCCAGCUGAGUCCCGCUGGACCAAAAUCUACCGAUAAUACCCCAACGAGAAGCAGAAGUUUGUUCCAGACCUUAAGAAACAAGUUCGCUGGUGAAUCUCCUAAGAUCGAGAAUGAGAAGGCUGCUGUCGAACAGGAAUCCCCUGUUCAGGCUGCAAAGUCUGCUGUUGCCUCUGAAGCCAAUGGCCAGGAAACUGAUUUGAAAGACUCUGUUUCUAAGGCAGCUAUUGGUGCAGCUGCUGGUGCUGCCGCAUAUGUUGGAGCUGACAAGGUUGCCGAUGGUAUCAAGAAGCAUAACGAAGAUGACAGUGAUAAAUCUCUCAACAAGUCUGCCAACGUGAAUGAUAAAGAGAUCAGCAAGCCAGAAAUUAGGGAACCAUCUUUGGACAGCAAGCCAGUUGCGAAGGAAGCUGACACUGAUUUAAAUCUGGAACAGGGAUUGAAGCCCAAGCCAUCUUUGAAGGCUCUUUCGAACAAAUCUCCAUCUUUCAAGGUCAAGAAGGUCAACUACGCUGAGAAGAAGGACGAAUCUGAAGAAGAGGAAGAGUCCGAAGAGGAAGAAAGUGAUUAUGACGACCAAGAAGAAGAGGCCAGACAGAGACAGGAGUACAGAAAGUCGAUGGCUGCUGCCACCUUCAACUUUGAUUUGUUCGAUAUCGAUGAUCCUGAUAACACUUUGACGCAGGUGUUGCUUUAUUUGGAGCACCAGACUGUUCAAGUUAUCUCCACUAUUCAAGACUUGUUGACUGCUAUUAAGAAGCCAGAUGCUACCAGAGGGGAGUUGAGAGAGAACUCCAAGGCCAUCUCAGAAGUCAUCAGACAAAUGGCCGAUGCUACCAAGACGUCGAUGAACCAGACCCGUAACCACCAAUUGAAGGAGCACGGAUCUUGGGUUGUUACGAGUUUGGAGGACUGCAACCACCGUAUGAACAACCUCUGCAGACCACAUGCUGACAAGAACGACGAGGAGUUCGCCGACAAGAACUUCAAGCAGCGUCUUGCCGGUAUUUCCUUCGACAUUGCCAAGUGCACGAAGGAGUUGGUGAAGACCGUCGAGGAGGCCAGUUUGAAGGAAGACAUCGCCCAGCUCGAUGCCAGGCUCAACCAGCCUGACGAUGAUUUGACUUAA